CGACAAGACAAGGUAGAUCCACUGACUUGUUGCGUUUCAAGUCUCUCCGUAACUAAGUGCUUACAUACUAGCCUAGCACUAAAACUUAGCUUGAUGAAUAGGGCUACUUAUGGGCUUUAUAUCACACGUGUCUUCUAGGUAGUUUUAGAAAGAAGCUACUAGCGAACGAAAUAUUUUUCAUGUAAACGCUUGUCCGAUAGACUCUGCCCUGCGCGAGAUUUUGCGGUCCGGCCAUUUUGAGGAUUUCUAAAUCCUAUCAAUCAACUUCUUUCGAGCAUUCAUUCUUGUAGUUGAGACCUGUUUCACACGAAAAAACAAGUUGAAGUAACGCCAAGCAUAAGUACGAAAAAAGGUCACGUCUGCUGAAAUCCAUAGUAAAAGCAGUCAACAACCUCCUUUGAAGGUUUUUUAAUACUGUUUGUAUCAUUUUUGCCCGCUGAUUUUCCUCCGCGAGAGCGACGGCGUCCGAUUCAUUGAAAAAAUCUUGUAAAAAUUUUCCACAACUUCUAGGUUGUUAGCCGAUUGUAAGAUCUAGGGACGAAAUCGAUGGAAUCUUAGCGGAGAAAGAAUCUUUUCGCACUCCGGAAAAGUCAUCAAAGUCGAAGACCGCCGCAAGGAGAAGAUAAUUCAUUGGUGUUGGAAGAACGAAAUAAAACACAAAUCUACCUCCUCGGAAAGUCAUAUCGUGAGCAAGUAGUACUACGUCGAAGAAGCAAAAAGACAAGGGCAUCACAAGGUCGGAAGUGAAGGACGUCACUUCGAUAAACGUCAACAGACAAAUCAAUACACUGUGGAGCUGCGACAUCAGGUACCGAACCGAGCCAGGAAGUAAAGACAAGGACAGAAAGUGUGUCCUCUCGGACAGAGAUUGAACCGAGGGAAUUAUCUCCACCUGAAGUUUACCAUUCUAUGAAGACAGAUGAGAACAAGAGGAACAGCAACGGAACCAGAAAAGCAAGACGAAGAGGACCAAAAACGAAAAUAAAGAAAACUGCGGAACGGGAACUGCAGCCCCGCUAACGACAGCUGCAACAGAAACUUUGGUAGCCGUGCCCGUGCGUUGCGAAGAAUAAAUCUGCGAAAAUGACCGACGCAGUUACGGCCGCCAAUGUUGAUCCACAGGAUCAAAAGCCUAAGCCUCCCACUUGGGAGCAGAGCACAGCCGCGCAAGGAGGUAUGUUGGAAUUUUUCCCGUCAGUUGCACGAUGAAUGAUGAAAUUCAAGAUCCAUGUCUUCUACUUUUUAUCUGCUGAUUGGUUUUCGCUGGGAAACUGCGUUUCAGUUUCGCUUGCUGUGUAUGUGCGUUGGGACUUUCGAGUUGAUGGAGAACCGGAGAUCAUACAUUAAUGUCGCGCCAAUUCCUCACUUUUCAGUUUCGGUCGUGGAGAGCCGGGUGCGCGAUGCAUUGGUGGGGUGCGAGUUUCAUGACGCCCGCGGGAAUCCUAUCAAAGCGCUGGAGGUGCGGGCAUUUGGGAGCUGCCUCAACGGUUUCGGGACUGCCACCUCCGAUGUGGAUGUCACGUAUUAACUCAACAGAGCUUUUUGUUUUUCUUUUGCUGUUCGUCUGCAUGAGGAGGGACAUGCUGUGUUCAGCAGAUAGCGUUUAUGAUUAAGAAGUUCCGACGAUGCCCACACCGGCAAUGGUGGAUGUUAGCAUGGCCAUCUCCUUUCUCUUUUCAAAGUGAUAUCUUCCCAUGAUUCAGGCUCCUUACCCCGGAGGGUACCAGCGCGAACCCGUCGACCAUCUUGAAAGUGGCGGCCAUGGCCUGCACCGAGGCGGGCUUUCAGAACGUGACCCGGAUUCUCUGCGCCCAGGUUCCCGUACUGAAACUGACCGACCCUUCCACGGGGCUGGAGGUCGAUUUGUGCGUCAAUAACCGCCUGGGGCUGCGCAACACGGAACUGCUGAAGGCGUACGUUGCCUUGGACCCGCGAGUGGCGCAACUGGGGAAAAUUAUCAAAAAUUGGGCCAAGUGGAAAGAAAUUGUUGGUAAGAAGACGCUUCGUAUUUAUUUUCCCAGAUUGGACCGCUACCGCGAUGAGGGAUUGAGGUGCCACCUGUAGUUUUGGUAUGCGAAACCUUGUCAGUGCAUCAAAACCCGCUAUUUCCUAGGUACAUGCGACGGAUAUUUAAAUUCUUACGCGUACAUCCUGAUGGUGCUCUACUUCUUGCAACGCAAGCAGAUUUUGCCGAAUCUCCAGGAGCUUGCGAAACAAUUUAACGAUCCGUCCGUUCGGGUCUCCGGGGACGGCAUCGGGGAAGCAUGGUACUUGUAAUGUAAUUAUGAUCAUGUGUGCUCCUACUAUCUUCGUGAUGAGAGCCUGCCCAACGCACAGAUUUAGUAUCGCGUAGAAGCCGCAGUUGUACAAGUAGACUCAGAUUAUUGAGUCUGGUUUGAAGAUCUGCAAAGAUGUAAGUAAGUACGUAAUCCACCGCAGGGAAACGUGUUUUCACGACGGUUCGCAAUGGUCUUCCCCGGCGAAGCCAACAGCGGAUACUGCGAAUGGCGAUCUCUACAAUUUGGCUAUGGAGUUUUUCAACUUCUACAAGAGCUUCGAUUGGAAGGUACAACUUAUAUUUUUUUUGCUUUUCCCCGACCCCGUAGAUAGUUGUUUUUUAUUUGGCGAUUGAAACGAAGUGGAAGUCGUGUAGUGAUGAUGAAAUAUGAAUUGCCUGUGCAAAGACGAAAAAAUGAACCCUCAACACUUUUUCAGACCAAAGCGGUGGCGAUCAACGCCGGCCCACAAGACGUGGAGAAAGACCGUCUCUUCGAGCGCAAGUCGUUCCAAAGCACGGCUCAGACGGUUUCGUACCUGCACACCCCGCCGAAGGAUGGUGCUGUUGACGCCAACGGCUCAAGUAAAACGACGAGUCCCGGACUGAAAGUUGUCAACGCGACCACGUCUCCACCAAGCAGUGAUCACGAAGGCGCGUCUGGCGACAGUGGCGCGGGUUCGCCCGCGCCUCGAAGCAGGGACACCUCCACUAGCCAGUCCGGAACGCCACCGCCCCCGCCGAGCGGAAAUAGCAACGCAACUGAGCUCCUGCAGGUGGACCAGUGUAACGAGCACUGGUGGAUUCAAGACCCGUUCGACCUGUACCACAACCUGGCCGGGAAAUGCACCGCGCGUGCGAAGAAGCACGUUAUUCAGUGCAUGAGCGAUACCGUCGCGCUGAUGCAGGCCCGAAGAGUUCACCCGCCGAGCAAGUCGCUGGAGGCGCUGCCGUGGUUGAAUAUGGAUCCACUGGACGACAGCUACAAGUACUUCUUUUUGAACCUUUUUCUUCAUGUUCAUCUGCAAGUAAUAGUGAAUUUUUCUCGGCGAUGUCAUGCAGCUAGUACCUACAACUCUAUGAAUAUUACUCGAACAAGUCAAUCCUCCAUCCCAGAGCGCGUGAUGAAGAAAAAAAAUCUUCAUCCUGAACAGGACAACUUACCUCCGGUUUCGGAUUUCGGCCGAUGCUAAUGUGACAGAGCAGCAGAUCAUGGGCCGCUUCUUGCGGUACCACGUGCAGAAUGUCUAUGUUUUGGAGCCUCCGGACCGUCCCAGGAGCCGCGACGUGAUCAUGUCCUUUGUUGGCCAGGCGACGCGUCGGGCCGCCCAUGCGGAGAACGAAAACCACAUUGGUAAAAAGAUCAAAAAUGUUAAUUUUUCGUUUGCGACACGACCUGGUCGUGGUACUAAGGGUAACGCCCACGCAUCGCAGCGACAUAUUAGAAGUGGAAGUCAGUGCUCAAAAAAAAAUAUAAAAUGUGCCAAUGAGAAUGGAGCAGCUCAAGCUACAACUACUAUUUCUAUGACCACGAACUCCAACUUUUUCUCAGGCGACUGGCAACUGCAGAUGUCUCGCACGACGGAAGCUUUUUAUCGGGACCUCGCACAGAAGGCCUUAAAGCACACCAAAAUCGUGAACCCCCUGAUCGAAGCGGCCAAAACCUCCGGACGCCAGCUUGUCUGCACUCCGCCAACUGCGGCCGUGGUUCCUGGAGCAAUGAGUAUCAUAAAAUUUAAAGUUUUUGAGCAAGCUCUGUCAACACGUUAGUAUGCUCUCCAUUCAUGUUCUUUUUUCUCUACUAUCCGAUGACACUGAGUGGUGAACAAGAAUAUGAAAGCAACUAGCUACAUGUGUUCACACAAAAUUUUUGCAGAUGUUCCGGGUCUGAACGUUCAUCCAGAGAACCAGCGCCUCCAUCUUCAGCUACAGUGGGGCCAGGACGGCGGAGCGAGGACCACUGCCCCGCAGAGCGAGCGCUCGACACUGCCCUCACUUGUUGACGAGUUCGCGGAUGGUGCCGCGACGGCUGCCGGGAACGGCGCGGGAAGCAGCACCACUAAGCCGUUCAACGGCGCACCGGGCUUGGCCACGCCAAAAGGAAAGUCCGAAGAGAAGUUGAAGGCCGACGCGCAGCCGUUUGUGCCGCAAAAUCUGAAGAUGCAAACAGGCUUGAACCCGGGCGCCGCGGCGUUUGUCCCCUGCAGUCCGACAAAUUUACGAGACAAAAAGAUCGCAGGAGGAGUCGGUCCUAUUGCAAGUGCUUCCACGUCUGCUUCCUCAUCGGCAGACAUCUCUGAUGUCACUGGUACAACUGGAGGGGCACAACACAGCAGUUCGUGCACUACCAGCGACGUUGGAACUACAGGCAGUACUGUAUCCUGAGUAAAAAGGUACCCACACCAUAGUCAAGAUGGGAAAUCGGCUAGACAAAUCCACAAGUUUUGGCUGUUUUGCAUGACAAAUUUGGAUUCGUAGUGUAGUGCUGUUUGAGCUAGCUCAGCAGCAUCACAGAUCUAGCAUACCAUGCUGAUUGGAGCAUGACAAAUUGCAAAACACGACUAGAAAAUGCUUCUCAUGGGGCUCCGCAUGAGAAACAUUUUCAGCAUGCAGAUUUGCAUUACAACUCUGGUGUGGGUACGUUUUUACUCAGGAUAUACUGCCGAUGCUGCGGCGAGUUGGACCAGCGAUACGACAGGCUCUCCCGUUAUCAAAUGUACUUAAAAAUGUCUGGUUCUGGAAGAAUGCAUGUUUGUCAUGCUUGUCUGGCAUAACUCUGAAAUCUGUCAUGCACGCCACCCAAGAGCUCCACUUUUCUGUGAUGCAGAAACGCAGUCUGUCAUGCAGAAUAGGCAACACCUAGAAGCUCAGAAACUUGUCAUGCUGAGCCAGCAUUUGUGGCCUCAUCAUGGGACGCCAGCCAGCAUCACAAGUUUCCAGACCCAGACAUUUUUACAUUUGAUACCCGUUUUCGAAAACAGUGCUGCUCUAUCCGGCGCGAGCGGAGGUUCGCCGGCGGUAGAAAGAGGUGCAGCAGUUGCAGCUAGUACCAAAAAUGCCGACACCAGCGCGCCUUCCGGGGCGAACAAGGCCAUAAUUGCCGCUGUUGGUGCGGGAGGACCAAAUCAAAAAACCGUCGCCCCACCCCCCGGGCUGCAUUUGGACCAUCACCAGGCGGCGCCCUCGAUUACUAGCGAAGCAACGCACGCAGCUGGUGCAACAAGGACGACCUCUGUGCACACAAACUCCUCUACGUCAGGUGGGACUGCACAUAACAUGCCUAGUAUAUCGGCCAAUACCGAGUCCGCAGGACAGCAGCAUCAUCAUGCUUCGCAUAAUGCGUCCGGCGCUGCUGCCGCGGCCGCCGCGAACGGGGCCGCAAGCGGUGGAGCUGCCUUGGCUGCCCAACAUCAGGGGUAUCACCACCACCAGCAAGGUCUCGCACAUCACCAGCUUAACCAACAGAAUGCUCAACACCUCAGUGCACAAGCACAGCAGCAGUUGCACUUGCAGCAUCAGUUCGGCGCUGCAGCGGCUCACCAGGCCAUGCUUAUUGAGCGCGCGGCGGCCGCCAACGCUGCCGCCGGCGGUCCGGCAGCGAUGGUGCAGCAGCACGUCGCGCAGGCGCACCACCACCACGCUCGCAUGGCCGCACUGAUGGCGGCUGCCCAGGUGCAGCAGCAGCAGCAGCAGCAGCAGCACGGUGGGUACCGUCAGCAUAAUCCGCACCACGCCGCAGCCGCACACCACCAGCAUGGCGGCCAUCACGCGCACCACCAUCACCUUCCCGCCGCAGCGGCGAAUCAGCUGUCUCUUUGGCACCAGUUGCAACAGCAGGCCAUGGCGGGCAACGCGGGGAACGUAGCAGCCGCUUUGCAUUUGAAUGCACACCAGGCGCAGCAGCAGAGUAAAACGGUCACCACGCAGCAGCAGCACCUGGAGGUGUUACAGAAAAUGUUGAUCGAAAAAGACGCCGUGGUUCAAGAGCUGUUGCAGAAGAACCGCGCACUGGAGGCCGAAUUGGCAGAGAUUCGCCUGCAAGGGGGGCCACCAGCGGCUGCAGCUCCGGGUGGAAAUGGAGCGAGUACAACAACUUCUGCAAGUGCAACCACGACCUCCGCGCGAGGCCCGCGACUCUCGGUGACAGAUUUGGUCUUACCGCCCUCCAGUAAUGGAAACGCUCCCCCGCUGUCUCCCGCGACCACACUGAUCAAUGGCGGAGCGAACAAGGUGGGUGGUGGCGCUGUUGCGUGUGCGGCUGUGGGCGAGGGAGCUGGUGCAAAUGGCACGACUACAACAGGAGGUGUAACUGCCACAACUUUUUCAUCUAGUGCUCGCCGGCCUGCGCUAGCGGGUUUCCUGUAGUAGUGUAAAGAAUUGCCAACAGUUUGAAAUCUGUGCGAAGAUUUGGUGUGCAGUCAACAUCUGUAUCGAUACCGGUAUCGAUCUAUAAGGAGUUACAGUUGCAGCUAGCAGAGUACUUGUUCUAGCGUAUACAAGACUAGACUUUGGUGCUCACAAGAGCUGCACGGGCCGCUCGCCCAGAAAACAAUAGUCCUCGUCGCGCGGUGGGUCCUACUAGCUGCAAUGAAUCUACUGGUGUAGUUGUCGUGUCGUGUAGGAAUGCGACUGCACGAGUAGUCAAGACAACAGUACUUUGCACUUUCCGUGGGAACAACAAGUCCGAAGAUUCUGAUUCCUAUCAUGUUCAGGAACAGUCCCCGCAGGACCAGCUGGCGGACAGCAGCAGCAGCAGCACGAGUUUCAACCGCCACCGCCUCCCCGGGUCCCCGCAGACAACAUCAAGCGAGCGCCGCUUCCGCCUCCAGUGCCAGCUCUCUACUCGCUUUUUGACUCGGUGGAUCCAGGAACGGGAUCUGGCAGCGCCGCAGGGUCGUCGGCACCUACUCCGGGCCUCUUCCGGCAGGCAACCAACAGCUCCCCGUUAAUGCAGCCGGUAUAGUACAGUUCCAGUUGUAAUAAGGAAGAGCUUCAUUCGAUUGCCUGCAUGAUUUGCUUUUAUUCACGUGUAGCAUUUGUUUGCGUCAAAAACAAAAAGUAAAAUUCCCUGAAACUUGACUUUUGUUCACGCACGUGCACGCAUGGGAUUGUCCUUGUUGAGAGAAAGAUGAAGACCAUCAAGCAUCCAAUUCCAAAACAACUAAAACACAGAACAACGCGGGUGGCGCUGCAGCACUUCAUGGGCAGCAUGCUCGACCGCAAGUCGCGGCUCCGAUGCCUCCGGCGGCUGCUUACCAAAUGUACUACUGA